UUUUUUUAAAGCCAACAUAGUGCAACACCAAGCGUACCAGGCGAGCUAUGGCAGUGGCACUGGAACUGUUAUCUCACUUGCACAAAAUGUUCAGCAUUAAGGCUUCGUCUUAAGUGCUUGAGAGUAAAACCGAAAGUAACAGUUGUGCUGCAGAAUUUGGCCUACACAACACUCUUGCUUCACAUAAGAAAACGAUCGAAGGAAUAAGAGCUAAUCUGUGUUCAUUAAGUGGUAAAAGAUGGUUAAGGUAUUUUUCACUUCCAUUGGAUAUGCUGGGAGGUACCUUGGAGAGAUCCAGACCGAUCUCCAAAAACGACUUUGUGUGACCGAAGUCAGUGAUGUACAGGAAUGUGAUGUCAUCGUGGCCCUUUGUACAAUCGUCUCUCGAGCUGGAACUGAUGUUGAGGCUGCACUGAAUGUGAUUCCAACCUCAAAGCCUACACUUCUUAUGGUGUUUCACCACACAUUCAACCGGGACGACAUAGUACCCGACACCCAGAAGUAUGUCGAAGGGAGAGGAAAGACGGUAGACCUGCUUUUCAAUGAAGAUCAAGGACUACUUUUUUGCAGAAGAAAUGAAGACUCCAAGGGAAGGGCUGCAGAUUUCCUUAGCGGAUAUGACACAUCUUAUCCUAGAUACAAGGUGCCAAGUGCCGUAAAUUAUUCGCGUAUACACAAGGUGCUGCUCCUUUGUCUGCUUGUUUUGCUUGGCAUUAUAAUCAUUGAGCUGGCAGUUUACGCUGUAAUUGCGGUCACAAAAGUUUUGUGUUAUCUUGAGCUACUUAAUAUGUUUAGAUGUAUGUUUGACUCAAUUUCCCAUCAUGCAUGGAACAUGUCACUUCCUGUUGAGCGUUUGGAUGAAUGACUGGAUGUCUGCGUGAGUUCAAGUUAAGCUAGGUUUGUUAAAGACAAUACAAGUUGUAAUAUCCUCUUUUAUGCUCUCUGAAGAACUGCAAGUGGUAAUAUCUUCUCUUAGUCCACAAGCAGGCAAAAGUGGUAUGUUAUGUUUUGUUUGGUUAUUAUUUGAAUAACAUUUAAGAUUGUUCUUGUGUUUAUGAACGUAUGAUUGAUUGCUGUAUGUCUUUUAUUCAUUUCUGUAUAGUUCUACGGUGUUUUGGUGUCUGUGUUUGUCGGCGCAAUAAAGAACCUGGACCUUGGAUAUGUGACUUAAGCGGGAUUUAUGGUUCUGC